UCCUGUAUUUCUCACUGACAACUGAAAACCGAACAGAUGGAGGAGUAUCAUCAGCAUCAGCAGAAUGAAAAAUAAAGCUGUACUUUCUGCUUAGGCCAGAAUAUUAAAUCUUCCUUUAUUUUAAAUUCAUUAUGCCUAAUAGUGUACUUAAUUAAUAGCAUCUAUUUUAAAGCACACUGAUUCAUUGAUAAUUACGUAUUAAAUAUUGAAAAGGUUACUGCAAGUUUGUGCAAGUUUGAUCUGAAUUUGGAAGAAAACUAUAUCUGGAUACUAUUGUGAUUUAUAUUGAUGCAGUGCUCUCCAGAUUCGCCAGAGGGUAAGAUCUUGCUUAAUAAGAAUGAGAUAAAAUCAUCUGAUGCAGACAAGAUGGACGUAAGUGACGUGUCAACAAUAAAUUCGCCAUCCAGCGAUCUCAGCAAUGAACUGCUCGAUAAUCGGCCAAUCAUACAGGGAAAGGACGCAAAUCCAUCCACUAAGAUAACGAAUGGAAUUUCUCGUAAAAUACACCCAGUUACCUCACACCCGUUAGAUAAUACUAAAGAUUUUUCAGUUAGUUUGGAGAGUUUGGAGAUGGAACUGCCUGUUGUGGAAAAUUUUACGUUUGAAACGGCAGACUUUCCAAACAGCCCACGUGAACUGCGACAGGCGUUGGAAGCGAAAGGAGUUUCCCUUCCAAAAGAGUUGGAUUCGGGAGCAACAGGGCUGAGCGAAGACGAAGAAGAAGACCACUCGAUAUUCCAGGCGGUGUUGUCGCCCGACUGCCAAGACGUGCGUCUGAAGCGAGAAGAGCCGAGGAGCCACGACCCGAACGCGGCGCCUCGCAGGCGGAAGAUCGCGCUGCCACUGGACCUGUCGAUUAUGGGCGACGAAGACCAGCUGUCCAGUGUGAUCUCAGACGAGGACCUGGACCAGCUGCUCAGUCCCGACCUGGAAUCACCCGACGAGCUGGAGGACUCGAUCCUGGAGAAGCUGGACGAGGCGACGAUUCCCGAGCUGACGGCCGAGGAGGAGCGAGCCGAGAGCAGGCACUGGCAGGAGUGUCGCGUGGGGGGUGAGGAGCGACGCAUCGACAUGCGCGUCAUCGAGCCCUUCAAGCGCGUCCUCUCGCACGGUGGCUACUUGAACGCUGGCUCGCACAACGCCAUCAUCGUGUUCAGCGCCUGCUUCCUGCCGCACCACGGUCGUGUCGACUAUAACUACGUCAUGGACAACCUAUUCUUCUACGUGCUCUCCACUCUCGACCAACUCGUCACCGAGGAUUACGUCCUUGUCUACCUGCACGGCGGCACUGCAAAGGACUGCAUGACCAAACCAUUCAUCAGCUCCAAGUUCAGCAAGAAGCUGGCGUUCAUCAACUCGCUGGCCGAACUUGGCGAGAUCCUUCCACUGGAGCAGGCCAGCAUCCCCGAACGCGUCAAGCAGUACGAUCGCAUCAAGCAGAGCAUCGAAAGCCAAACUAAAUAAUGUGCCACAGUAAUACUGUAGCUUGCCAUUUAUCAAUCACAAAGACUUGUUUGCAUACUGUCAAUGCAGAAUACGUAACUCACAUGAUGUGAUAAUUUUUUAGAUGUAUGUUCAGUUUACAGCAGUUACGAAGAAGUGUAAAAUAUUAUUCCUUUAUUAGAAAUGAUAUGAUUUAGUGUUAUUCAUAAAAAAACUUUAUUUGAAAAUAUCAUUCCUGUUUUUCAGUAUUUGCCUAGUACCCUAGGCAAAAGCAUUUCUUCAAUAAUCUCUGGAGUAUGCUAAUUUUAUUGUAUUUUUAAUGCUUUAAAUUGAAAUUUUAGUUCAUGUUUACCAUUUAUUCUAAAUGCAAUCUAUAUUUUUAAUAAUACCGUAUCAUAGCCUACAUGAAAUUGAUACAUGCUUUGUAAUAUUGAUUUUCAAGUUUUUCUACUAAUCCUGCAAAACCCAUACUAACUUAUAUUUUUAUUUAUCAGUUUUAAAUUGAAUUAUUUAAAAUCUUCUAUUCAUUCAGCACAUUUUUUAUUUUGAUAAACCUUUUGUGGUUGUUGAAUGCAUUUGAUGCUUUUGGUGGAAAAUCAUUCAUGAUUAUUUUGUAAAUGAAAACCAUGGCUAAUCUAUUGAAUAUAAUACACUGCAUGCUGAAAGCAAACUCAGUUGAAGCGAUUAGAAUGUUUAGGAAAAAUCCCCUUGUAAAUACUUGAAACUUUAUUUGCAAUGAUGAGUACAAACUAUAUAAGAAUAUUUUAUUCAAUUGUGAAUUGAUGUUGAUAUCAUGCAAAUUUAUUCCUAUAAAUUCAAAUGUUUAUUAAAAUCAUCGUCAUCUGUCAUCUUCUUCUAACGCAACUUUGUUGCCUUGAAUUUUCUCUUUAGUUAUCAAAGAAUUGAAGAAAGACAAUAAAUCUCGAUUACUAAUUGUUUUUGUUCAGUCAUGAACUUGAUCAUAAUCUUCAUUGUCAUAAAUGCGUACACAUUUUUAGAUCACAUGAAAUUUAGAUGUAACAAAAAAUAUUAUUACUCAGUUGUUUACUUUUAAUUUGAAGUGAAAUGAAGUGUACUUUUCAUUUUCCACAAGAUAAGUGCUUUUCAAUUUACUUGAUUUUUUCUUUAACUACAUUUAUUAAUUGAAUAAGACAUUCAAUUGCCAAUAAACUACCAUCUCAUUCUAAUGUAUAGAAAAUGAUUUUAAUUUGCAAUCAUUUAAGAUAAUUAAGAUAGGUGGAUUGUUAUUUUAACUUAUCAAUCAUCAUUUUGUGAAUAUAGCUUAUACAUAAAAUAUUAUAAAUGUACUAAGUGAAUGAAGAUAUAAAUCAUUGAUUGCAGCACAAAUAAUGUGAGCAUUAGGCUGUUAUGAAAAUGUUCAUUCUAAUAGUGAAUUAUCACAAAAAACUGUGAUUUUCAAUCCCUAGAAAAUAUUACAGAACUUAUUUGCCAUCACUUUCCUAGUCUAAUAUUACAUUCCAAUUUAUGUCUAAAUUUAAUGUAGUAUUUGUUGCACAGUAUUUUUAUUGAUCUGAUGUGUUAGUGAGUUUGAAGUAAUUGUACCUUGUAAUAGUUAUAAGUUUGUGUUAGACUUCUUUCCAACUUAUUUUUAAGUGUGCUUGUUGUCCGUCCAGUAUUCCACAGCCUUUCAGAUAAUAAUUGGCAAUAUUUAUCGCACUUUCUUGUAAAUUCUUAAAAUUACCUCCUUUUUUCUUAUCUCUUGAAUUUUCUACUAGAUUUUCCCGUUCAGUAUUUGCAGUUUUUCCCUCUAAAUGAACUAGCAGUUAUUUAGUUCAAUUUAGAUUAGAAUUAUGAAGUGGUAGUAAAACUAUUUAUUUCAUCUAUUUUGUGUUCUUGAAAGUAUCUCAAUCUUGAAUCUAACCUCCCGUUUCAAUUUAAUAUCAACCUUCCUUGCUAGUUUUAUUAAUUUCUUCAAUAUAACUUUCUCGGUAAUAAGCGGUUGGUAAAACGUCGUCAACGCAGUAUUAUGUUAACAUUUAGCCUAAUGUUAGUUAGGAAUAACGUCAUAGUUAUCGAAUAACGUCAAAUAGUUAUGAAUAACGACAUAAUCCAUUCACCUGAGAAUUCAAGGUUCAAUUUAUCCUGGGUUACAGUGUCUUUGCAGUAAAAAUGAAUAUAUUCAUGUAUUUUUAGCUCAUAGUUGAACAGUUUUAAACAGAGAGUAAACAAUUUUAGAUUGUGCAGUAAUCACUAUUCAUCAACAUUUUCAGUUUUUGCCAAUCACUACAAUUUACUUAUCAGAGUUAUUAAUUUUAUCGUACUCUUUAUAUGUUACCUAUUAUGUAUCAUCUUGGUUUCCAACGUGUUAAGGUACCUCACUUGAUGGUAGAAAUACCAGUAUGUAAUUUACGAAUAUAUGAAACAACUAUGAUACGCUUACUUGAUGUAGUCCUAUACCUCUUAUUGAAAUUCACCAUUAUAUAUGCACCCUGUAUUAUAGCUUUAGUGGACUUUACCUUGCCGAUCACUCAGAAAUUGGAGUAAAUAUUAUCAAUCAUACAAAUUAUAUUUAUAUAUAAAUGAAAAUUAUCUAGCUGGUAAUCACUCAAAAUGUUAUUUUCUAAGAGAGAAUGAUCACUUUAUUUUUUGUAAUAGUGUUAGUGUUGGUGUAAAAUAUAAGCUAUAAUUGUACAUAAAUAUAAUAAUUUAUAUCAAUUUGAUAAAUUUUCCAAUUUUUUAGUACUCACUC